CAAUUAUUCCGCAGAUACAUGUUUUUCCAGAGAGAAAAACUGGUCGAAGGAAUGAUGUGAAAUGAAUGAAAGAGCCAAGUUCACCAGCGUUCUUGAGUCAUGAUGAGAGUAGCUUGAUCAGAUGGGGAACUCAAGAGUGUGUUCAGUUUUUGAAAGAUUUUGUUUUGGUAUUUUCAGUCUAGAAAUACAUAAAUCUUUUUCAGGAUCUUCAUAAUAAAUUAUGAAAAAAAAAAACAUCUGAAUUAGUUAAGAAUUUUCAAAGAAUUUAAUGAAUAGGGUAGAGUGCAGCCUUCCAUGUGCUGUCUUGGAGGCUAAGUAUUGUUCUUCUUCCCUUCUCUACCUCAAAAGUACUCCUUUUCCAGGAAGAGGAAGGGAGAAAGGGAUGGUUGGGUUGGAUUAGGAACAGGAAUCCACGCCUGACAUGGGCAGCAACAGCAAAACUAGGUGGAAGCUGUCCUUCCGCCGCUCCUCCUCCGCCGCCGCCUCCCCGUCCUCCUCGGCGGCGUCGUCGCCCGCGCCCUCCUUAACGGCGGACGCGCCGGUGGAGUUCCUUUGCCCGAUCUCCGGCUCCCUGAUGGCUGACCCCGUCAUCAUUCCUUCAGGCCAAACCUUCGAGCGCAGCUGUAUCCAGGCCUGCCUCGACCUCGCCUUCGCCCCGCCGGACCUCCACCUCACCCUCUCGCCGCCGCCGAUGCUCAUCCCUAACUCCGCCCUCAAGUCUGCGAUUGUCGCAUGGUGCGCCCGCUGCAGCUUAACACCUCCCCUCGCCCUUCCUCCCGAAGCUGCCGUCGCCCUCGUCCGCCGCCUCAUGCCCCCAAAUCAGCAACCCUUUCCCUCCGCCGCCUCGUCUGCAGCGUUGUCUGAUGGCGGAAAAGAGGAAGAGGGCUCAGAUUUCGGUGGUGAUGCCGAGAAAGGCGGAGUCUUGCGAGCUUCCGAGUUUGUUCCUGAAGGAAAGGGUGCGAAAGAUGGCAUUUUGCCUUCCGUGGCGGAAGAGGAAUCGAAGGAACCCACGCUAAUCGCCACUUCUGUCCCUUGCUUCGAGCGAGAGAAGAACAAAUCUUCCAGUUUUUCGUCAGCAUCCACUCCUCCGUCGUCCUCUUGUCAUUCGUCGUCUUCCUUCUCUUCUUCCGAGGUCGUCCUGGAUGGAACGUUGGAGCGGGAGAGAACUACAAGGGUCGCCAAUUCGCCAUCGGUGAGGAGGAAGACCGAUACACUGGAAGAAACGCUGGUCAAGUUCACCGAUUUGUAUGUAGCAGAGCAAGAAUCCGCCGCCGCCAAUUUCCGGAAGGCUACAAGGGAGAGCCGCGACCGGCGGGUGGCCCUCUGCACUCAGCGCCUCCUUGGCGCUCUCCGCUUCAUGCUUAUUUCGCCUUGUGCGGCCAUCCAGAUCGACGCCUCCGCCGCAAUUGUGAACCUUUCGCUGGAACCAAUGAACAAAGUUCCGAUUUUGAGGUCCGGAAUCGUGCCGGCGCUCGUCGAGGUGCUCCGGAGCGGCCACGCAGAGGCCCGCUACCAUGCCGCUGGCGCCCUGUUCGGUCUCGCCCUCGAGGAGGACAACCGCAUCGCACUGGGCGUCCUCGGCGCUAUACCGCCGCUCCUCAAUCUUUUCACUCGGUCAUCUACCGUCGACUCCCGCGCCCGACACGACUCCGGCAUGGCUCUCCACCAGCUCUCUCUCGCCGCAGCCAAUAGGUCUAGGAUCUUGCGCACCCCUGGGGCAGUUCACGCGCUACUCGCGGUGGCGUCAGAGAAGGCAACAGAGGCGGCUGCUUCGGUCGAGCCAGGGGAGGGUCCGGCGCCAGCACAGAUAGCGAUGAUGAUGAUCCACAACCUCGCUGGAUGCUACGAAGGGAGGGCGGCGUUGAUGGACUCCGGCGGAGUGCCCGUGCUGGCCGAAAUGCUGAGGAGGGAACCGCUGGAAGCCGCGGUCAAGGAGCACUGCGUCGCGGCGCUAUUCUUUAUGAGCCAUGGAAGCUUGCGUUUCCGUGGCCUGGCGAAGGCCGCAGGGGUGCCGCAGGCGUUGGCCAAUCUGGCAGCUGAAGACGGCGGAGGAGCCUUGCAGGAGAUGGCAAGGAGGACGCUUAGGGCGAUACGAGGGGAGGAAGGCAGCGUAGCGCCGCCGCCGCCGCCGCUAGGUUUCGAACCCUCACCGGACGGGGACGUUAAAAGCGCCGUGUCGGACGGGUUGGGGUCGUUUCGGCCGCGCCGUGGCGAUCUCCGUAACGGAAGUUACAGAACAGAUACGGUCAGAUCGGCCAAGUUCUGAACCGGUGGGACCCCGAGUCGACUCGUUCGAGUAAGAGACUUACGGAAAGUUGUGUGAAAACUUGUAACGUUUGCUUUUCUUUUUGUAAAUUUUUGGUGGAUGGUUAUUUUGAAAUUUUAAAAUUAAAAAAAAAAGGCAUUCGAGUUGUUUGUGCAAA